GAUCGGGCUUUGGAUGCAGCCAGUCACUCUCUACCGCGAGCUCUGCUUGGUUCGCUUGUUCUCUAGUUCGAGGAGAUAACCAGGUAUAGCGACACGGAGUGACCGAAGUGAAUAGCAGGGUGGUAAGAAUUCAGGUUCACUGCUGGCUUUUGUCGAGCUUGGUAUAAAAGGAGAGUACGAGAGACAUCGGCCAGUCAGUAUAACCAAACCUCCUUUCAAACCAGCCAUCAACUUAGCCUAGUAGCUAGCCAUCUAGCUUGCAAACAUGGGAGACCACCAAGACCGCCAGUUUGAACAAGACAAGUCCCGCUACGUCAUUCCCGGGGGCAGCGUGGAGAGAGACCGUCUGAGAGUCCAGCACGAAUGGAUCAAGGGCACGGCUGGAGGCCUUAUCAAGGCGCCCCUUGAUCUAACGGCCCAUGGGAUGAAGGUCCUCGACUCGGCUACUGCUGAUGGUUUCUGGAUCCAGGAUGUCCGUCUCGUGCUGCCUGAUGACACCGAGUAUGUUGGCUUUGAUAUUGCGACUGAGCUGUUCCCAGCGCGCGAGAGCCUGCCUCCAACGGUGUCCCUGGUGCCGCACAGCGUGACGGAGCCCUUCCCGCCGGCCUGGGAGAACAGCUUCGACCUUAUUAACCAGCGUCUGCUGUUCGCCUUCUUCCAGCGGCAGGAAAUCAACCAGAUCGUCAAGCGUCUCGUCGGCUGUCUCAAGCCAGGCGGGUGGAUCCAGUUCUUCGAGUAUGACCACUACACCAUGGUGACGGACCCGCGGGCGACGACCUACCUGCUCUUCUACAAAUUUGCAGAGCAGAAGGUACGCAACCUCCACGUCAAGCGGGACAUCAUGGAUGCCCUUGCAGACGCUGGAUGCGAGAACAUCCAGAGCGAGUGCCUGGAGAUGGUGGCUGGCAGCGCCCAUGUCGAUCGCGAGCAGGGCAUGCGAGGCCGGCGGGUCAGCCACGUCCUGUUCCACUCCUUUGGCAGUCUCGUCAAGCUGGAAGAUAUUGGGCUGAGCGAGGAUCGCCGGCCGUCGCUCGCCGCUGAGCUGGAGAAGGAUAUGGACAUGUACAAGACGGGGGUCGCUGGCAACUUCAUCUGGGCGCAGAAGAAACGUCCUUAG